ACCGCCGAUUAAGGCUAGCAAUUACAAUGUUUUGUACUCCAUAAAAUCUAAUGUAGAUACAUAGCUUUCCUAAACUAAAAACUUGAGGCCUAAGCCACUUAUUACACAUGCAAGUAAUCAAUAGCAGCACGCCAGUAGUAGCUUUCUCGUAUCCUUUUCUAUUUAUGUAUUUCCUUCGCGCCUAAUAACACCCAACACGAACAAGCACGUGCUUGAUAUCGAGUGCAUCAACGUGCACAUACAUGUACUACAAUUACAGUUUUACAUUCUCUGCUUUACAUUUUACCAUACAUCUACCCGAUUUUCAUAGAAUAUGAAAUUAAAUAUAAUAUUUAAUGACCAUGUCUCAUAGAAGAUAUGGUUCUGAUUAAAAUAAUAAUACCAUGCAAGGGGAUAAACAUAUUUUAUUAGAAAAUUCUGAGAAGAGUCUUAUGAAUCAAUAAUAGGUUACUGACAUUUUUCUAAACAUUUUUUGUACUGGAAUGAUAAUGGCGUGUUUUCUUGUCACAGAUGCAAAGUAAUUUAAUUAAUUUCCAAAUGCAUAUUGAAUAAUUUGCACAUAAGAAGAAAAACAAAAAAAAAAAUAAAAAUAAAAAUAAACAAAUGUGAGUCAAAAAAGUUAGAAGAAUCGUGAAAUACUUAAAUAUAUUAAGAUCAAUAAACAAAAAGAUGUAUACAUACAUAUACAUACAUUAUAUGUAUGUUUGAGUCAAACUUUUGAUUGAUUUGUGGCAGCAACGACUAUUAAACAACAAAUAGAAAAGCAACAAGCCAAAGAAAAAAAUCAAUAACAAAUCAACAACAAAAACAACACGAAAUACAAAAACACGAAUGCGGAUGCCCCGACGCCUUGCUGCACUCUGUCUAACCCUGCCACCCACUAACAUGUGAAUGCCCAACAUGCUACUAAAAUCACUAAAUCCUGCUAGCACAGACUAAAGCUAACGAUAGAGAGGUCUGCUACCGCUCCCGCUCCUGCUUCCGCUACCGAAGGCUCCAGAUACGCUAUGGCCGGACCACAGGUGCAGCACAGCCAGCGACCAAACAGCGCCUACUACACGGGUCUCAAUGGCAGUGGAGGCGGAGGCGGAGGAGGAGGAGGAGGUGGUGGCUCCGCCGCCGGUAUGGCCAGCAGUGCGUCGCACACCGGACUGCAUGCCCUGCGCCAAGUGAGCAACGAGACGGAGUUGAUAUACCGCGGAAGUCACAGCAACGGCACCGUCAACGAACUGCCCUCCAGCGCCGCCCACCACCAACUGCUAGCGGGUCGCGUACAGCACCACCAGGCUCAGCAGCAGCACCACCACCAGCAGGAGCGGCAGCAGCAAGUGAGCAGCAUUGCCGGUACCGGAUCGAGUGUAACAGAUGCUCUGAUCGGACCCAUAACCACCGGCGGCGCCGGCAGCGGUGGAGGAGCUGCCUCCAGCAGCGGUUGCACCUCCGCGCUGGGCCUCAAGAAGUCCAGCACGCAACGCAGCAUCGAGAUUAUCGUGGACGCCAGUCAGUGUGGCAGGGAGGUGGUGGCGGCAGCAGGAUCAGCUGCGGCAACCAUGGAACCCGAGGACGUGGAGCAGGGCGGCGGCGGUGGCCAGGAGUCCUCGUCGUCGCACCGGAAGUCAUCGCGGCAUCGCCACCGUCCGCUCCACCGGCGGCUGAUCACCUAUGUGCGGAACCUCUUCCAGGGCAGCACCACCCAAAAUGACUCGGAGCUCGAGGAGUUCGAGACGCCGGCUCGGUACAGGCCGGACUCGCUAAGCGCUCUGAGCAGAGCCACACGGUUCACAGAGGACGAAAUCAAACGAAUUUACAGGGGCUUCAAGGCCGAGUGCCCAACAGGCGUCGUCAAGGAGGACACCUUCAAAGUGAUCUACUCGCAGUUCUUUCCACAGGGAGCCAAUCCAACCCUUUAUGCGCACUAUGUGUUUAACACACUGGAUCAGGAUCACAGUGGCAUAGUCAGCUUUGAGGAUUUCGUUCAAGGACUUUCGAUACUGUCACGCGGCUCCGUGGAGGAGAAGUUGCGCUGGACCUUUUCGCUGUACGACAUCAACGGCGACGGCUUCAUUACGAGGGAGGAAAUGACUGACAUUGUGACUGCCAUAUACGAGCUAAUGGGCCGGCUGCCCGACGAGUGUCCCGAGGAGGAGAAGAUCAAGGGCAAGGUGGAGCACAUCUUUCAGAAAAUGGACAUCAAUCGCGACGGCGUCGUGACCCUAGAGGAGUUCCUGGAGGCCUGUCGCAACGACGACGCCAUCUCGCGGUCGAUGUCCGUGUUUGACACAGCGUUCUGACCAUAUCCGACCGACAAGGGCGACGAAUACACGGUCCGCCGGCGGCGACGCAGUCACAGUCAGCAGCAACACCAGCACCAGCAGCAGCAACAUCUGCAGUACCAACUGGAUACAGAUAAAAGUAAGUCCAAGCACAAGACGAAGAACAAGCAACAGCAAAAACAGCAGCAACCACAUAGCACUAGACAGCAGAAGUGUUGUCACAUAAUCGACAUGGACGGCGGUGAGAGCUCCACCACCACGACCACCACAUCAGCGGCCACGAGCACCACUCUGAACUGCAAUGUCCGGAACGGGCAACCGAGCUCCCAUCACCCGCUUCCCGAGGAGGCGGACGAGUACGACGAGGAGGAGGAGGACGACGACGAUCAGAGGGAGGAGGAGGACGGCCACAACUACAGGUUCUUCGUUUGCCGGCACUGCCAGAGGCCGCAGUCCACAGGCCGCCGAUCGCACAGCAAGAUUAGGACGCACUCCCAGUCCCAGUCGCAGUUAAAGUCGCGUAAGCGCAGCAAGAGCAAGAAGCGCCACCAGACAAAGGCUGGAGCCGGCCAGGCGGCACAAGCAAGGUGGCCAGAACUGAACGUGGCCAACGAACAGGCCAUCCGCUUCCGGUGCCCGCAGGUGGGGCCGCAGGUGGGUCGCGACCUACACACGCCUCAGCCUCUGCACUUUCAUCACCCACAGUCGCAGGGCCGCCUAAAGAAUAGAUCCCGCCUCCAGCGGCGGAUGGCCAAGAAUGUCCCAGUAGCGCCGCCUCGAGCUAAUCCGCCCCCGAAUCCGAACCCGUUUUCGAAUCCGAUUCGGAACCCGCAACCGACCCAGCCCCCGACAACAGCACUGCCAGCACGCACCGAACUAGCACCCCUUCCGCCACUCGUCGUUGUGGCCAGUGGGGCCGAGGGCGGGAGCGACGGCGGAGCUGAGCUAGUUGUCGAUGUCCAUCCUCUGCAUCCCCAGCCGUCGACCACCCCCGAUUCCCCGUCGCUGGUCACCGUGAGUACCUGGUAUACGGUGGCCAAGCAGGGUGUCUCCUGCUAAUCGCGGCGAGCAGUGAGUAUCCUUGCCACCACUCCGAGGCAUCCAGGCAUCCAGUCAUCCAGCAUUUGACCAAAAAUAAACCAAAAAAAAAAACAAAAUUAUUAUAAUAACAAUGCGAAAAAAGAUUACUGAUUCGAUGAACGAUAACUUGUUGUUGUUGUUCCAGAUUGAAAUAAGUAGAAAAAAUAUAUAUUUUAUGCUUUUAUGAAUUUGAUGUGUGUUUUAGGAUGGAUCUUCAAGCGCUCAAUGUCUAUUUGUUUGUAUUCAAUAGGACUUUUAAAUUGAGUCUAUUCACUAAUAUUCUCAGUUUGUUUCACACAAAAGUUCCCUUUUAAGGGGGUUAGAAACAGUUAAAAAUCAAAAAAAAAUAGCGGAGAUCCACCCAGUUGUGUAUGUGUACUUGUGAACCAAUUUGUUGAUUCGUUUACGGUUUCUCCUACUUAGAGUGCUUGUUCUGUAAUUAGCAAAGUUAAGUUUAUAAGAGUUUAAAGCGUUCUCUGUGAGUCGAUUGUCAAAUGUAAAAGUAUGAGUGUAAACAACAAGCGAAAUGCCAAAUGAAACUGAACCAAAAUGUAUAAAAAUAUAUGAAAAGCAUUAAAAACCCUUCUUUACGCUCCGAAA